GUUGACGGUCCCUUUAACAUGCGUUCAGGGCGAUGCUGAUCUUCUGAAAUGUUAAACCAAUGCCCUGGUGUCGUUUAGGGGGCUCCAUCUAGCAAUAACUACAAUAAUGACAAUGGUGGAUUCGGGACACCCUUUAUUUAUGACCAAGGGCGAGUCGUUAUAUAGGUGGGAAUCUCAGCCACAAGCAGUCACAUCUGGUUCAAGAACCCUCAUCACAGUCAUUGGUUGCGGAAAUGCCAUGGUUAACAGUGUCCCGCCAUUCUUUGUAUUUCCAGGGUUACGAAUUAAGUCGGAAUUAUUAGAUGGUGGUGGUCAUGGAGUUGAUGGUACAGUCACUGAGUCCAGGUGGAGUAAUAGUGCUGUGUUCAAAAGGUACCUAGAGCAUCACCUGCUAAAAUACUUACCUGAACGUUGUCUGGACAAUCCUGUUCUGAUUCUCUAUGGCCAUAAAUCUCACAUUAAUUUGGGGUUGAUUGAUUGGGCCAAGUCACAGAACAUAAUCCUGUUUAUUUUGCCCGCACACACGAGCCAUGUUUUGCAGCCUCUAGAUGUUGGUUGUUUUGGGUCAUUCGAAAGGAUCUACAGCUCUGUGUGUCACAAGUUCAUGCGCGACAACUGCGGGCAAAGUAUAACACGCUUCAAUGUGUGUGCACUUGGAAGCAAUGCAUAUUCACAAGCACUGUCACCAAAUAAUUUGCAGGCAUCCUUUCGCAAAACCGGCAUCUACCCAUAUGAUCCAAAUGCUAUAGAUCCCUCAGUAUUCAAGCCAUCAGAUGCCCUUCAACAAGAAACCAGUUCUCUUCAAUCAAUCAUCCAACCCUAAGAAACGGACGUCUCCCAAUUUUUCUGCAACAAAGAAUCAAACAUCACAUCCAAGAAACAAGCAACAAAAAAGAGGAAAUACCUAAGUUCAGUGGUCAGUGGAAAGCCAAUUACUGAGGAUAUAAUAAUUAAAAAAAAUUAGGAUCAUGAAGAUGGAAGGAAAAAAAAGACAAAGACCCAGAAGUUAAACGUACAACCUGGACCAUCUGGAACAGUUAAGGCAGUGUCACCUGUCCUUGCUACACCAGUAGAUGAAUCAUCAGAGGAUGAGGAUGAAACAGAGGUGUGCUGUGUAUGCAGCCUAUUCACUCCCAGUGCUGUACGGCAGAGUUCUUCACUGGUCUUUGUGAAAUGGGUGCAGUGUUCUGGGUGUGGACACUGGGUUCAUCUCAUUUAUUGUACGCAACUCAGGGUUGUAAGGAGAGGUGAUAUCUUCAUGUGUCCUCACUGUGUUGUUGAAGAGUAACUUGAACUUGUUGAAAACUUGUUUUAAUUUACAUGAAUACAAUUCAAAACCCUAACUGAUUCCAGAUCCAGAUUGCUUUAACAGUGAUACAAAUGUAAGUACAACAAUCCUGAGUAAAUGUUUCAUGCAUUCAGUCUCCACAGGAGUGAUGUUUACAUUGAAAUCAGGUAACCAAUCAGAUGCGUCGUUACCGGGCACUCUCUACAAGAUGGCCGCCGUUACAGUUCACUUAGCUCGUGUCGUUUAUCAGCAAAUUUUGGUUAAUAGCACAAUCAAUUGAAAUUAAAUUGUGUAAAUAAAAGGGACAUUUGAUAUUAAAUAACAAUAUUUAUAACCUAAUCCCUAUUUUGAGCAACAAAACUUUAACCGACUGCUUAGAUGCGUCGAAAGUGGGCACUCGAGGAUAUUGUAAAUUAAUGAAUCAAGACAUUUGAAAAAUUACUUUAAAGUGAGUUUUUAUAUAGAGUAUACAAGAUUUUUUAUACUUGAGGUAAUGAUUUUGUAAAAAACAACAACAACAACCUUUUCUUCGAUAUCACUUAAAAUAUUAUUGUUGAUAUUUAACUGGUGGAAUAUGUUUUUUUGUUAUAACAAGCUUUUGUUCAGACAGAAACUUCUUAAGAUAAAAUAAUAUUUUGAUGUAAUUUUCACACUCAAUAGAAAUGGUGUUUCAGCAGCUAACCAGACAUCAGACUGCGUGUCACAGGUUGUUACAUCAGGAUGAGUUUGUGUAUAUUUUGUAUUUUGUAUGUACCAAUAUAUUUUGAAGGAGUCGAAGAGGUACAGUAAUUUUCUAUCUUGAUGACUAAAAAACGUGCAUUUUAAGACAGAGCUUUACAUGACAAUGCCCGCUACAAUUCCGCUACAAUUCAAAAGUCAACAUGUUGUUUCCAUGAUAGGUUGUGUUUUGAAAUAGCAUUCUGAAAUACUUGUACCUUUUAAAAGAUGCAAAUGGGAAUGUUGUUUAUAGUAGUUGUUGUUGAAAUAAAUAUGAAUUGCUAUGAAUAGAAUAGUGAGAACUGUAUGUGCUUCUUUAGUAUGGUAUUGUUUAUAAUAAAUACCAGUUUAAUUUAUCAUAUAGUGUGUAUAGCCUCUACAUGAAAUGCUAAUUGUGUUGUUGUUUUGGUAACAUAAUUGCAUCUUGUUGUAAAUGAG